AUGAUCAAGUCUCAAACUCAGGUUAAGGGUGCUCUCGAUACUAGGACAACUUUUAUCAGAUUUUUUGAACGGUUGACAAGUUCAGAGGUGAAGUAUGCAGAGGCAGUAGCCAUUUUAUGGGCAGUGGAAUCAGUUUAUCACAAUGGUUUUGGGCAAUGUUUGGAAGAAGGAAAUAACACUCCACAAGAAAUGAAAGAUGCUUGUAAAAGAUUUGGCAAUGACAAUUUCAAACAAUAUUGUCAAUCACUUGAAAACAUAGCUAAUCGAAGGCUAGAAGAGGUAUCGGACGAAGAAGUAUCGAAGACUGAAGUUUUAAUCCUCGAGUUUCUUGAAAAUGUUGUUCAUUUCUGGAGUAUGAAUCUUGAUGAAACUUGA